AUGACAACCGUUGACAGCACCAACUUCCUUGCCAAUGGCGGGUACCUCCAAAAGGGGCGAGAGAAGAACCUCCGGCCGGUCGACUUAGGGAGGAAGACGUUGAGUUUGGCACCUUCUAGAUGGUAUCGCGACGAGAAGAUCUUCCAGCUCGAGCGGCGCGCGUUGUUUUCCACGCUGUGGCACGUGGCGAGUUUCAAGGCGCGCUUUCAGAAAGCAGGGGAUUACCUGACACUCGAGAUGUUUGGAUGGAACUUCUUCCUUAUCCGGGACAAAGACGGGAAUAUCAACGCAUUCCACAACAUCUGCCGGCAUCGAGGCCACCCGGUCACCCAGAAGUCCAGCGGAUCCAGCACGGUCCUGGCAUGUCGAUUUCACGGCUGGUCGUAUCUCCCCACCGGAGACUUACACAAAGCUCGAGAGUACAGCAAUCUUCCAGAUUUUGAUCCCAAGCAAAAUUCGCUUUUCAAGAUCCACACCCACGUGACCGCCCAGGGAUUCAUUUUUGUGAACUUCGAUGCAAGGGAGACUCCUGCGGUGAGUUUCGAGGAGCAAUUUGGUGACGACUUCGAUCCAGCGCCCGCGACAAAGACAGGAAAGGAGAUUGGUGACGAGUUUGCGCUCUUUCCCAACGACGGAUGGGAGUAUGAUCAUACCUGGAAGAGUUCUGUGGCGGGAACCGAGUUCAACUGGAAAACUUUCGCGGAUGGAUUCCAGGAAUGCUACCACUGCCAGACAGGCCAUCCAACAACUCUGCCCAAGGACUUUGCACUAGACCAGUAUUACCUGCGGCAAGGAAUAGGAGCAUCUCGGCAUUUCCUGCCUCCCAAGAAAGAAGGUUUAUCAGAAGCAUAUAUCACCUGGUUGUUCCCGAUCGGUGCGAUCAUAUUUAGUGACAACCUCUUGUUCAUUGCUCGCUUUAACGCAACGGGAGCACUUGAGACAUCGUAUCAAAGUGAAACCUAUCGGAGGUCGAGUAUGCAGAAACCUAGUGCGGAGUACGACCAUUGGAUGGAACAUGACAUUGGAUAUUGGCGAUUCGUCGAGACUGAGGACGUUGAAUUGGCCAUUAACGCCCAGAAAGGGUUCCAAUCCGGGGUUCUGGGGUUAGGCAGACUGCACUCGAUUGAAGAACAUGCGGUCAAAUGGUAUCUUGACAAGGUACGGACUGUGCUAGUGGGACACGCGGAGGCGGAGAAAGCAGAAGGUAAAAAUAUCGAUUUUUCAGUUCCCAAGGCGCAGAGCGAGGCGGCUGAGCAGGACGAACUCUGUAAGUUGGUCGGGCCGGAGUACGAAUGGUAG